AUGGUCUCAGGAGCAGGAGAGAUGGUUGGAACGUCCAACUCCAUGGACGUGAGUCAACCCUAUGGUAUGAUCUAUGGCGAAGGAUGCCCUCAAGGGCGGAGCUAUUUCAUCUCUACAACCGAACAACGAGGCCGCUUCCUCGGUGCUUCGGAGCUGGGUUCUCACCCAAAUCUCGGCAUCCCUGCGGUCAAUCAAAUUACGCAUGCUGUCUGCUCGGUGUGGAUCGCCAAGUCAUCCUCGAUCCUCAAGACAACCGGGGGUCUCGUUGCUAUGAUGACCGGUUCCUCUUCGGGUGUACUGACAGCCUAUGCGAUGGGUCCCCAUCCGAGCUACGAGGGUCGGUAUGAGCGAGGACAAGUCACUGCAAAAUGGGUCCUCAGCCCUGGUGUCCCUAUCAUCGGAAUCGCCGUGGACGACAAUUACUCACUCAAACGCCAUUCCCAGAAACGAGUAUGGGCCGUGGUUCUCAAUGCGCUGGGAGAGAUCUUCUACAUUGUCGAUCUUCCUCCAAAGCCCGACAUUCCGUCUAAUGCCAAGUUCAACGCAGAGCAAUUUGAUGAGCUUGCAUGGAAGACAGGAAGAAAUGUGCGCUGGGAGCUUCUUGAACUCAGUCGCCGGAAGGCUCGACCUGACCCUUUCAGUCGGGAAUUGGUUGAUGGCAGUUAUAGCCCGCGAUCGUCCUCAGCUUCGAUGCAACUCGAUGUAAAUCAGAUUGCUGCGGAGACCAGGGAGAUCGAGAAGUUCCUUGCUUUUAGGCCCAAACAUUUCCGCAAGCUUUGUGAAGGCUGGAAUAUGGAGCGUGACCUGCAGGUGGAUUUUGCUGGAGAUGAUGGCACCGGAGCCGGAGAGGCAGUUAUCGUCAUCGCUCGUGGAGGAGGCGAGGCUGCAACCGCAUCGGUUCGAAGAUAUGUUCGCACGGCGUCGAAACUCGGAUCAACCUCCCGUCCGUCAACCCCGGGCUCCCGUCCCACUGAAAGGAAGGCCCACGUCUCUCUCUUCGGUGGCCCGACAGGUUCCCCAAGUCCUACACCUGGCGACAGCCUUCCGCCAUCUCGUUCGUCAGUCCGAGUAAAUGCUGUAGCUGAUACCGAGUGGCGGAUCUCAGACUUCACUUUUGGCGAUAGGAAAUCGGUCGAAAUUACCACCAAUGCCCUGGAUAACUCUAACUGGGCUACCCCGACGGCAGCAGAAGACCCCCUCCUCGGCAUGUCGGGAAGUUCGUUGUCCUCUGCGACCUCUUCGCCUAUGUUACCUCAUAUGGAACAGCCACUGUCUAGUAUCGAGAUUCCUGGCCAACGGGCUCGCUAUCUGGCAGUGGGUACUGGUACUGGCAUGAUCUUUGUUUGGAACAUUCGCGCACUUGCGGCGCAGAAUACGGACGUCAUCAACUCGAUUCCCCCGCUGCGGGUUAUUCAAACAGAAUCGCCUCAAGUCUCCUGCAUUGCCUUGACGUCUUUGUACUUGGUACACGGUGGUAAUGAUGGCCUUGUCCAGGCGUGGGACCCGCUGGCAUCGUCUACUCGCCCAAUUCGAACUUUGAACUCUCGAUUCUCGUCCCGGGCUCGUCGUCGACUGGUACAAGCCGAAGCUUCCAUGUUCGGGGUUGGAAAUAACUACUUUGCAACGGGAGCUAUUUGUCUUGACCCAGAUCCAACGAACCUGCGCGGAAUGGUUUCGCUCGGCACACACCUUCGGUACUGGUCCUAUAGCUCAUCCGCUGCAGAUCAGUACAAUGUCAGCAAGCGACGUUUGCGCCAUGGCUUGCGCGGUGGCAAUGGUGGUGCGGCCGAAGGCCAGCGUUUCAACAACAGCGGCCGAGGCGCAAUCCGGGAUUUCAUCGAAGACGAGCGCGUUGAAUUGACGCGACAGCAAAUCGCAGAUGACAAGGAGCGAGAACACCUCAGCGCCCGCUUUGGCGUCGACCUCCUCGGUCCGGAUAUUGACGAGGAACAGCUUUUGGCAUAUGCUCAGCUUCUUAGCCAGGAAGCUCACCCUGACGAGGCUGCCAAGCAAAGUGAUCAAACUGCGAUCGCAAGUUCUGCUACCAGCACAUCGUUCAGCGAUGCUGUUGGUCCCAGCUCUUUCGGCUUAGGGGACGUCUCUUCCUCCUCAUCCCCGUACCAAACUCCCAUGGACGAUGACGUGGACGAUGACCUUGCAGAAGCCAUACGGUUGAGUCUUCUUGGAGAUGAUUCUCCCGCCCCACAAAUCGACCAGACCCCGUCUAUCCCCAUCAAGUAUGCAAAGGGUGUGAAACCACCUCAGCCAUCAUCCCCUGGGGCUGCGGAAAGCAGUCGACAGCAAGAAAUGGACGACCUGGAAUUCGCGAUUCAGCUCAGUCUGGCAGAGAAUAAGAGUCGAGGUAAUGUGGAGGAACAGGAUGAAUGGGAGGAAUUUCCAGGCCUCGCUCCGCCGCCAGUAUCGACUUCGCAAACCUCUGCCAAGGGCAAGGGCAAGGCGAGAGCCACGUGA